CACAGUCGCAGCUUCACCAGCCACCAGCAAGCAAACAUGGGCAGACAGAAGAUAUACUUAGAAAAGCUCUCACAUUUCUUCCAGAUCCGCAACCUGUUGCUUCGCCAAGCCCUGGCAGAAUGUCUCGGCACCCUCAUCCUGGUGAUGUUUGGCUGUGGUGCGGUAGCUCAGAUGAAGCUGAGCAGUGGCUCCCAUGGCAUGUUCCUCACUGUCAACUUUGCUUUUGGCUUCGCUGCCACCUUAGGCAUCCUGGUCUGUGGCCAAGUAUCAGGAGGCCAUCUGAACCCUGCUGUGACCUUUGCUCUGUGCCUGCUGGGCAGAGAGCGCUGGAGAAAGUUCCCCAUGUACUUUGCCUUCCAGACACUGGGUGCUUUCCUGGGCUCAGCCAUCAUCUUUGGCAUGUACUAUGAUGCCCUGUGGGACCAUCCAGGGAGUUUCGAUAUGACUGGGCCAAACAACACAGCUGGUAUCUUCGCUACAUACCCUGGAAAGCAUCUCACCAUUGUCAACGGCUUCUUUGAUCAGAUCAUUGGUACAACGGCGCUGAUCGUGUGUAUCCUGGCUAUUGUGGACCCAUACAACAACCCUAUUCCUCAGGGCUUGGAGGCCUUCACCGUGGGCUUCGUGGUCCUGGUCAUUGGACUGUCUAUGGGCUUCAACUCUGGCUAUGCUGUCAACCCUGCCAGGGACCUGGGACCACGCAUCUUCACCGCUAUAGCUGGCUGGGGCACAGACGUUUUUACUGCUAGGAGAGGUUGGUUCCUGGUGCCCAUCUUUGCCCCAUUCAUUGGCACCAUCAUUGGUGUGAUGAUUUACCAGCUGAUGGUUGGUUUCCAUGUGGAAGGAGAAGCACGCGACCGGGAGAACGCAAAGCAGGAGAAUGAGAGAGUCCGGCUCACCAAUGUUACCACCAACGACAUCUCUAAAGAGGGCACCAAGGAGAUGUCAUGAGCACAUUAUAGAAAUAUAGCACCGCACAAUUACAUGCACAUUCUGUAAAUACACACACACACACACACACACACACACACACACACACGCACUAGCCUUUUGCCCUGCCAGCCACUAAUGGCCAUUCCAAACCACAUGUACAGUUACUGGGAUAUGCCCCAAGACAGCUGUGUGUUUGUGGGAACAGGCAUAGAUGAAAUGGUCCGUAAUUUGCUUAGUUACAUUCCACUUUUAUCUGUAUUAUAUCAUAGAGAAGCGAUUGUGUAUGAGCAUAGAGAGGAGAAACACAACUUUGAGAACACAGAAUUACAUUAAUUCUUUGAAAAAAUGAAAAUUGGGAUCUUAGUAUCUUUAGCACUCCUGUUUUGACAGUAUUGUAUGCUUUAUACCAAUGUAGUUUUACAUAGUUUUUUUUUUUGUUUGUUUGUUUGUUUGUUUUAGUUUUACAUAUUUA